AUGCCCAUGCUCUCCUCCAGCAUGAACUGCGUAGCCGAGUUCUUCACCUACGAGACCACCAAGUCGGUGGUGGUGAAGAGCUGGACCGUUGGCGUGAUCAACCGGGUUGUGCAGCUGCUCAUCAUCUCAUAUUUCAUCGGCUGGGUGUUUCUCCAUGAGAAGGCGUACCAGGUGCGGGACACCUCCAUUGAGUCCUCUGUGGUGACUAAGGUCAAGGGCUUCGGCAAAUACACCAACAGGGUCAUGGACACGGCAGACUAUGUUACACCCCCACAGGGGACGUCCGUCUUCGUGAUCAUCACUAAGCAGAUUGUCACGGAGAACCAGGUGCAAGGCUUCUGCCCUGAGAGCGAAGUGAAGUACAGCUGUGCAUCUGACAGCGACUGCCAGAGGCCCGUCCCUACCACAGGAGGCGGAAUCCUGACUGGCCAGUGUGUGAACUACAACAGGAGUCUGCGGACCUGUGAGAUCCAGGGCUGGUGCCCGGCUGAGGUGGACACCGUCCAGGCGCCCAUCAUGCUGGAGGCAGAGAAUUUCACCCUCUUCAUUAAGAACAGCAUCCGCUUCCCGCUCUUUGACUUUGAGAAGGGUAACCUGCUGCCCAACCUCACGGCCCAGGACAUCCAGACGUGCCGCUUCCACCCAGUCACCCAGCCCUUCUGCCCCAUCCUGCGCCUGGGCGACAUCGUCCGCUUUGCCGGCCAGGAUUUUUCCAAGCUGGCCUCCACGGGAGGAAUUCUGGGGAUCAAGAUCGGGUGGGUGUGUGACCUGGAUCGCUCGUGGGAGCACUGCGUGCCCAGCUACACCUUCACCCGCCUCGACAGCGUCUCCGAGAAGAACAACGUCUCUCCCGGCUACAACUUCAGGUAUGCCAAGUACUACAGGCGGGAGAACGGCACUGAGUACCGGACCCUGAUGAAGGCGUUCGGCAUCCGUUUCGAUGUGCUAGUCUACGGGAACGCUGGGAAAUUCAACAUCAUCCCAACCCUGAUCAACACCGUGGCAGCCUUCACCUCCGUCGGGGUGGGCACUGUGCUGUGUGACAUCAUCCUCCUCAACUUCCUGAAGGGCGCAGAGCAGUACAAGGCAAAGAAGUUCGAAGAGGUGACGGAGGUGACCCUGCGCCACAGCGCCGUGUACAGGAGCAGCCAGAUGCUGGGAGGCCGGAACGACGAGAAGCAAUCCACCGACUCGGGGGCCUACUCCAUCGGCCUCUAG